AUGCCGUUCUUUCAAUCUUUCCAAGACUUCAAAGGUCUCACCAACAGUAUUAACCCCCUUAACCUAUUCACUUCCGAACCAUCACCUGAUUCUGCAACUCCUACACCCAAUGGUACACCUAAACCUACAGCAGUCGCUGGGCCUGGACCGUCUACAACUGCCGCAGCAGCGGCCGCCAAAUCGUCCUUACCAGUGCGUCAACCUGCUGGUUUACCUACUACUCCUUCCGACGAACAGGCCAAUCCCCUGGGUCGACCUGUCAACUCACGAUCCUCUUCCAACAACUCUCCUGCACCCAUCCGACCUUCUUUGAAACAUACCAACACCUCUAGCUCGUCGCCUAGCUCAUCGGACAGCUCAGAUAGUACAGGAAGACGAAGAACUUCAGCUACGAAUGUGAGCAUUGCUGAUCCCGAAGUCAGCGGGGUUCAAGGUGAGAGAAGGAGGAGUCCAAGGAAGAGAACGUCUUCCAGACCUGCUAGUUCAGGAAGUGGUAUGACGAAUGUUAGUGGGAUAGAAGGUGAGGUCAGGUCAAGGAAAAGAAAGAAUCCAUUGGAUACAUAUAUCAUCGUCAAACCCCCUCCUACCUCAGCUAAGAACCCACUCAAUCUUCAGAUACAACUGGUCGUCAAACCCAGUCGACCGAAGAGAGAUCGAUCAGCAUCAGAAAUUUCCAGUCGUUCAGGAUCAAUAGCCGGUGAUGGCAUGAUAGCUUCACCUAAUGCUUCGCCCGCUGCUCGAACGGUCGACCUCCCCUUGGAAGAAUCUGAAGAUAGCUCAGCGAAAGAAACUAUUACAUCCUCGGAACCAGUUUCGUCAACUCCUCCUUCAGCUACAACCGAUAAAGGAUUGCCUGGAUCUCCAAAAUCGAGCUCGACAGAAUCAGAAGUCGGUGGUGCAGGACUUAGAAGAUCUUCGUCCAUCCGAUCUAGUAUAUCAACCUCGACUGCGGCGACUGGAAGUAGUGCAGCGUCGGGAAAGAGGAUAGAGCCCAUGUUCAACCUUGCGGUACAUAACGUUAUGCAGCCUACGGUCGUGACGGAUGCAGCCACAGAUGUCAAAGUUGCCAAGUUCCACAAACGAAACCUCGACAUAACCGGUGUCGGUGUCCUUGAGCCUUCAGAAGUCUGGCUACCCACCCAUCAAUCAGCAACACUUUUCGCCUCUACGUCUCGUCAACAUGCAGAUGACAGUCAUCCUGCUCCUCGACAACGACCGCUAUCCCUUGUCUCUCUCACUUCGCCCGUCUCCCCCACCCUCAGCAGGUCAGAUGAUGGUAAAAGCGGAGUGAGGGGUUCGUUAGAUCUGAAAGGAUUUAAGAUGGAGAACCUUCGAUUAGGCCAAAACAAGGCUGACGGAGAAAGCAAGACUCGUCAAUUCUUCGGUAAAGUGUUCAAGAAGAAGACAUCCAUGGGAGAUAUAGGCCCGACGAAGAGGAAAACUAGUCCAUCAGCCUCAUUCUCAUCUUACGAUCCACCCAAAUCGGCGAGUUCCCCCACUCAUGAUUUCACCGGUGCCGAUACGCUUCACCCCAAUAUGGCAGCUGUACCUCGAGGAUCUAUUCCAGCUGCUUCCGAAGCACUCCCUUCGGCUGGUGUUGGCGCACCUACUUUCGGUACCGCACCACUCGUCGUUCGACGGAGAUCGUCUGGAGCCAUGAUCACUGCCGAUGGAGCCGUUACUGGAUUGACAUCUCACGUCGAACCUCCCCCAGCCGCAACGAGUAUGGAGAGAUGUCAAUCUUUACCUAUCUUCCCCUCAAACCGACCUGUAGGUUACACUUGGUCUGUGAAGAAGUGGGCUAAGAAGAAUGAGGAAGGAUGGGCAGCCCAGCUGAAGGCAGCUGCGAAUGCUGGGUUGGAAAUGGUUGGUGGGAAUGCCGCAGGGGAAGAAGAGGAAGAAGUAUUGUUUGAAUGGGUCAAAUUGAGAGUUCCAGCCAAUGCUGCUGGUGAUGAAGUCUUGAGAAGGUUUUCUACAACCGGUGUGAUUUCCGCUACUAGAAAUAGAAGUAGGACUCGAGCUACUUCUGUUCCUCCGACCUCGAACGAUACGAUCAAUAUCAAUUCACCAAACCAGUCAAGAACUUCUCUUACACUUCAACCAGCCAGGGGCGAGAAAGAGGGAUCGCCUUUCCCCCCUUCUUCACCCAAUUUGAACUCUUCCAAUCAGAAUUCACCAUUUGGCUCACCGAGGUUAGACCCUCGACCUGAACCUGUCCGAAGGAUAUCUGCCAGUGUUUCUCCAUCAAGGAGAACAUCAAGUACGACCUUGGAUGCGGAUAAUGAUAUUCCUCAGCCUGAGUUGACGGCGGACGAAGGUGAGGAUUCCGAUCCUGAAGAUAGUGAAACUCCCUGGACGUGCUCUGUGUGGGUAAAGAGGACUGGACAAAGACAGUUGUUGGGUACUUUAACUCCUGCUCCGCACCAUCCUAAAGUCAUUGGAAUACUUAAGAUUCCACAAGGUUUAGAUCCUGUCAGUUUAACGGAUCUACAACUAAAAGGGAAUAAUGGCAACCAAGCGAGCAUGAUCGGACAUGGAUAUAGUCAGACGAUCAAGAAGAUCAAAGAUAAUAUAGCAUUAAGUGAGGAAAAUCUAAAAGAUGUGGUGUGCGUUACUGCUAUGUGGCUUGUGGCUAGGGAAGAAUUCAAUGGGUUGGGUAAGAAGAAAAGUAGGCGGGGAACACAGGGGUAG